AUGGAUUCGUUGGCAUCCACCCUAUCAUCGAUUAAAAACGAUGCCAAGAGAUUCUUGGAUGAUCAUAGGUCAAGGAAAUCGCGCUUGGAUUUAGGCGAUGGUGAGUUUGGAAGAGAUGCGCUUACUUUCCUUGCGCAGCUUCAAAGGGAGGCUAUUUCAUCGGUUUCCAGAAGCUCUGCCGAUUCUCAGAGUAUUGUAGCCGAAAUUGUGUCCAAAGCACGAAGGUUAGAGAUUGAGAAAAGAACAAUUAAGGACAUUCUUUUCUUUUUGUCCUCAUUCCAGAGACUAGGUAGGUUAGCAUCGACGUUAUUGUGUAUCGUAGAUUCUGUAAUCCUUGUGCUACAAAAGGAGGCCCUUCCCUCCUUCAACUGGAAGCAAAUCUACUAUUGCGUGCAGGAAAUUUCACCCUUGCUGGAUGUUGUUGAUAAAUUCCGGCAAAAAUUCGAAUACAUGAAGCUCCCCAUGCUUAAUAGCAUGUCUUCAGUUCUGGAUUCAUAUCAGGAAGCAAGUAAACGCAUCAAAGUUAAAGUGAACACCGAAAUUUCGGCCUUGUUCACGUUUCAAGGAUACCUGAAAUGUGCUCCCACCCCCAAAAAUCCGUUUCUGGAGACAAAGAAAAAUCCCUUCAUCUCAGAAAACCCAUUUGUGCAAGCAGAGGAGCCCUCUCCACCAUCCUUGCCUGCUUCUGAAUUUCUAUUUAUGGCAGCAUGCAUUUGCGACCUGAUUGGAGAAAAGUUUUCCACUCUUUGCCUUAUAGCUUUAGGGCCAGUUUAUUUGAGUCCUAUUUAA